AUGAAACCGUGGAGGCUCACAUUAACGAACCAACUAGUUCUCGGAUAUGGGUUGCAUAAACAUAUGGACACCUACGCCACAAGACCGGCAAAUGAGGACGAGCUCAAGGACUUUCACGGAGAUGAUUAUCUGGAGUUCUUGAAACGGGUAACUCCUCACAACACUCAAGAAUUUGCCAAUGACCUCUCAAAGUUCAACAUCGGCGAUGACUGUCCGAUCUUUGACGGCAUCUGGGAUUACUGCAGCCUAUACGCCGGCGCCUCUCUCGAUGCUGCCAAGAAGCUCAUUAACCACCAGUCGGAUAUAGCGAUAAACUGGUCCGGAGGCCUUCAUCAUGCCAAGAAAUCAGAAGCUUCCGGGUUUUGCUACAUCAACGAUAUCGUCCUAGCCAUACUUCAACUCCUCCGAUACCAUCCCCGAGUACUGUACAUCGACAUCGACGUCCAUCAUGGAGACGGUGUGGAGCAAGCGUUCUUCUCAACGGAUCGGGUAAUGACACUUUCCCUGCACAAGUACGACAAGGACAAUUUCUUUCCCGGGACAGGCAACUGGGACGACAUCGGAGGCGGCGCAGGAAAACACUAUGCACUGAACGUGCCAUUGAAAGACGGCAUCGAUGACGAGUCAUACGUUCGAUUAUUUAAGCAGAUUGUAGAACCGGUUAUAGAAAAGUACUGUCCAACAGCGGUUGUCCUCCAGUGCGGCGCGGACUCGCUAGGAAGCGACAAACUCGGCUGCUUCAACCUCAACAUCAAAGCGCACGGCGAAUGCGUAGAAUUCGUCAAAGCGUUCGGACUGCCGUUACUCGUCCUCGGCGGAGGCGGAUACACCCCACGCAACGUAUCGCGGUUAUGGACGUAUGAAACAGCAAUCUGCGUAGGCGCGGAGAUCGAAGAUGACCUACCAGCACGAACGCCGUACCGGGAGUAUUUUGGCCCAGACUACAAACUCCACCCACCCCUUAGUAAGGAAGGGAAGUACGAAAACAAGAACACAAGGAAGUACCUGGAAAGUAUGAAGGUGAAGAUCAUGGAGCAGCUGCGCUUCAUCGACGGAGCGCCGAGCGUGCAGUUGCAGGAGAUUCCACCGGAUUUGGAUAAUGUUCGAAGCGAGUUGGUUAAGCAAGAGGAGGACUAGAUUACAGUGAUAAUAAUGAAAUGCGGAUUCCACAGGGGGAGGUGUUUUUCUCUUUUCUUUUUUUCGUAACUUGGCUUUGCCUACUCACUUGCCGUACUGUACUUGGGCAGUCCACCAGUAUCCGGGUUUGUGUUGAUAUAUCAAUAAAUCACGUGUUUGCA